AUGAGUCAGAAGCAUGUCAAGAAUGUAAAGAAGAUUGACCACAAGAACAAUUCUAAUAUUAGCAUGUACUGUUGCCAGAAUUCCAACAAACUCUUUGCAUAUUUUGCAAAGCACUUUGAUUCUGAAAAAUUCUUUAAGAUUUUCUUCUGGGCAGAGCCAAUUGUUAAUUAUGAGAAAUCAAAGCAAUUAGAGCAAUGGUCAAACUGCAUGAUAAUCUCAUGGAGAAAUCAGGCUGACUAUAUGGGACAACAUCUGCAAUAUAAGAAUGUCAACAAAGAGAACUUUGCAGAAAAGAGAAAGGAGACCAAGAAGAAGACAAGAGCUUCAGCUUCUGGAGCUGAUAAGUCAAAUCCAAAUCUGAGCAGCACUGAAGCUGCAAUAAUCCUCACAAUAAUUCAACAGGCAAAGCAGCUGUAUAGUAAAAAUCAACUUUUCAAGAAUUCCUGCCAAAAAUCCACUGGGGGAUUGCUUGUCAGGGUUGUGUAG